AUGUUAUGCCCACACUGGUAUCUUUUAAAUAGCCAUCGAGAAAUUCCUGAAAGCGCUUUUGUCCUACACGAAGUCCAUUGUAAACGCUUUCUGUACCACUGCAAAGAUUGUGAUGAGCUCAUUCCAAAAACGCAAAAAGAAGAGCACAUUAGUGAAUUUCAUUCAAAAGAAAAUUGCUCUUAUUGCGGAAAAUCAAUAAAUAAGCUUAAACUUGAGAUUCAUAUGAAAAAUUGCGAGGCUAAGCCCAAAGAGUGCAUGUUUUGUGGUGCUGUUAUGGACUUGCUAGAGCUGAUUCGACAUGAAGACUUUUGUGGAAGCAGGACAGAUUUUUGUGAAAUUUGUAAUAAAAAUAUCCCUAAAAAGCGAUUUGAGGAGCAUUUACAAAUUUGUAUACAAAGCCUGGAUAAUUUAGAGUUAGGUAAGAGGCAGUCUGAAAAUCACAUUGACACAUGCAAGAAAAAGCCAAAAUUAGAGUAUAUAAUGUAUUGAAUUAAUAUUAUGACUGAAUUUAAUUGCAGUCUGUAAGGAAAAUAGGAAACUGAUUUUUUUAGAUAUGAAAAUACAAAGAUGCCAAUUUCAAUCAGCACAGCAUAAUUAA